AUGGGAAUCGCACUGAUCUGGUGUUUAGCUCUGAUCCUUAUCAAACGGAUUACUUUUAAGAGACGUGGAGCGAUUUCCUAUGACAGCUCUGAUCAGACUGCGUUGUACAUUCGUAUGCUAGGAGAUGUGCGAGUAAGAAGUCGGGCAGGAUUUGAAACAGAGAGAAGAGGUUCUCAUCCAUACAUUGAUUUCCGUAUUUUUCACUCAAAUUCUGAAAUUGAGGUGUCUGUAUCUGCAAGAAAUGUCAGAAGGUUGCUUAGUUUCCAGCGAUACCUGAGAUCUUCCCGUUUUUUCCGUGGUAUCACUGUUCCAAAUUCUUCAAACAUUUUAGAUGAUGAUUACAAUGGACAAGCAAAGUGUAUGCUGGAGAAGGUUGGAAAUUGGAAUUUUGAUAUUUUUCUUUUCGAUAGACUGACAAAUGGAAACAGUCUAGUCAGCUUAACCUUCCAUCUGUUUAAUCUUCAUGGACUAAUUGAACACUUCCAGUUAGAUACGAUGAAACUUCGUAGAUUUUUGGUAAUGGUUCAAGAAGAUUAUCACAGUCAAAACCCUUAUCAUAAUGCAGUUCAUGCUGCUGAUGUGACUCAGGCCAUGCACUGUUAUUUAAAAGAGCCUAAGCUUUCCAAAUCUUUAACUCCAUGGGAUGUUCUGCUCAGUUUAAUUGCAGCUGCCACACAUGAUUUGGAUCACCCAGGCGUUAACCAACCUUUCCUAAUUAAAACAAACCAUUACUUAGCAACUUUAUAUAAGAAUACCUCAGUAUUAGAGAACCAUCACUGGAGAUCAGCAGUAGGGUUGUUGAGAGAAUCUGGCUUAUUUGCACAUAUGUCAUUAGAAAACAGGCAGCUGAUGGAAAGUCAGAUAGGUGAUCUCAUUCUUGCCACAGACAUCAGUCAGCAAAAUGAAUAUCUGUCCAUGUUUCGAUCUCAUUUGGAUAGAGGAGACCUAUGUUUAGAGGAUGCAAACCAUCGUCACUUCAUUUUACAGAUGGCUUUGAAGUGUGCUGAUAUUUGUAAUCCAUGUCGGACUUGGGAGCUGAGUAAGCAGUGGAGUGAAAAAGUAACAGAGGAAUUCUUCCAUCAAGGAGACAUUGAAAAAAAGUAUCACUUGGGUGUGAGUCCACUGUGUGAUCGGCAGACAGAAACUAUUGCCAACAUCCAGAUUGGUUUUAUGACCUACUUAGUGGAGCCACUGUUUGGGGAGUGGGCCCGGUUCUCAAACACCAGGCUGUCGCAGACAAUGCUUGGGCAUCUGGGACUGAAUAAGGCUAGUUGGAAGGGAGUGCAGCGAGAACAGUGCAUCAGCGGUGACGAUGCUGAUCCUACUUUUGAGGAAAUGGACUCAGACAUAUUACCUCAGGAACCUCGAUUGUCCUGACCUCAACCUUCAUGACAAAACUGCCUCUUUUCUUGGUAUCUGCACAGUUGGAUUACAGGAGAUACUUGCCUGCCCAAGGUUUCAGUAAAAUGGUAAAAUGAUGCCAGCAUUAUUUAUUUCCAAGUUUUCCUUCGACAGACCGUUUGAACCUGAAAUUAUUUUUAACUGCAAGAUCUGAACAUAGAGCAAUAUGCAUAUGCCUCAGUCGGUUUUUGUUUGGAACCUUGAAUAUGCAAAGCACAGCAGUGACUGAGCCUUGAAGGAACAGUACGAAAAUUUCAUUGCACCAUGUUUGUGUUUUUUGGGUUUUCUUUUUGUUUGUGAAAUCUGAAAUAUGGUCUUCAAAUCUAAGACUCGAGAUGGAUUGUUCCGCUUUCUUGGAACUGAGCAAGACUUGCAUAAAUGUGUUAAAACUAUACCUUCCACUCAGUCCCUGUUUUAAUACGGAAAUGUGAAGUGCCCAUCCUCUGCUGCCUCUGGCAAGACUUGAUGUUUACAAAUGUACUCUGAAACUAUUGGUUCUAGACUUCACCUUUGCGCAUGGCUGUGAAGGAACCACUAACCUGGAUUUUUUUGUUUUGUUUUGUUUUUUUGAAAGAUCAAAUCUGAGACUGCAGCUCUUGUUUCUUUGGAUGCCAGAAAAGCCUCCCAUUUGCCAUAAUUUUGUUUGUGCACUGGGAACUGAGCAUUCAUCAUAGAGCACAGCCAAGCUUUACUCCAGUGCUAUAUGGGAAUGCAAUUUUUUAAAAGCAGAAAACACUUCUGAAUUUGGGAAGGGAAGGGGUGGGGGGGAAGUGUCUGAACUGCGUUGCGAUUCUGCAGUGAGAACAUUGCAUGUUGUUUUCACUAUUGUACACUUGAACUGCACAUGCAAGAAAAAGGUGGAAUGUCUAAACACCAUAUUCAGCUCAGGGUAUUUGCCAAUCUGAAAUAAAGUGGGAUGGGAAGCGUGUCCUUCAGAACAAGGGUACAAAUGCCCCUUUCGCUGCAGUGUGUAUGUAUGUGUGGGUGUGUGAGUAUG